AUGGCCCAGAGCGUGGUUUAUGCUGACCUGAGGUUUGCCAAGGUGGUGGGGGGCCGGAGCAUGGCCAGCCAGGCACUGGAGGCAGCCCUUGGCAUGGACGACGCAGAGAGCCCCUAUGAGAAUGUGCAGCCAGCACCGGUGGGGCAGGACAGGGAUGGGGCCCAGCCCAGCCCAGGGCGCUGGUCCCAGCAGUGGUGCAUUCCUGUGGGGCUGCUGCCCAUCUGCCUGCUGCUGCUGGUGACCACUGUGGCCCUGGGGGCUUGCUGUGAGUCAGUGGAGGGUGCGCUUCUGGAGCUGGGGGUGGCUGGGCAGCACGGAGAGGGAGGCAGCUGGGCUGGGCUGGAGCUGGAGACCCUGAACACCGAGCUGGGGCGUGUCAUGGGGGUCCUGGGGAAGACGGAGAAGGAGAUGCAGGAGGUGCAGGGGAAGCUCAACAACAGUGAGAGCACCGUGGCCAUCCUGCGCUCCUGCACGGCUAUAGAUUGCUGCCCCUCAGGCUGGCUGCUGUACAGGGGCAAGUGCCUCUUCAUCUCAUCGGAGAAGAAGACAUGGGAGGACAGCAGAGAUGAGUGUGAGAAGAAAUAUUCUCAGCUCCUGGUUACCAAAUCCUGGAGUCGCUGGACUGUGCCGGCCUUCCUGAAGAAUGCAGACAUCCCAUACUGGAUUGGGCUGCAGAAGAGCAGCUUCCCCUGGUAUGAAUAUGGCUGGCUGGAGGAAGAUGACCCAGAAGGCGAGGGGGUCUCAGAUGCCUGGUUUUGGGUGGAUGGCUCCCUUUAUGAAAGGCCAUGGCAGUGGAAGUCAAAUGGGUCCUGUGCCAUAAUAAGCCGUGGGAACAUCAAACCUGCCCAGUGCGGUGGUCCUGACGACCUGCACCUCUGGAUCUGUGAGAAGGCGGCAGGGCCGAGCUCCCCUUUCAUGGGAUGA